AGGUGGUGCAAGACUAGAGUGGCAGCUGUUGUAGCCAAUAGGGAGGGACGUUAUUGGGCCAGAAGCCAAUGAGGAAUCUCGUGAAGGAGAAGCGGCGAUAAUCUGUUUGAGGAUGUGGGCACCGGCCUGAAGGAACAUGGGGCUGUACCAGAGGUGGCGACGGCUCCGGCUUCCAAGGCUGCAGGCUUGCGGGUUACACACGGCAGCUGUGCCGACCCCUCCACACUGGUUGACAGAGCGGCUUGGCCUUUUUGAGGAGCUAUGGGCUGCUCAGGUAAAGAGGUCAGCGAGCAUGGCCCAGAAGGAACCACGAACUAUUAAGAUAUCACUUCCUGGAGGCCAGAAAGUGGAUGCCGUGGCAUGGAACACAACCCCUUACCAACUAGCCCAACAGAUCAGUUCAACACUGGCAGAUACUGCAGUGGCUGCUCAAGUGAAUGGAGAGCCCUAUGAUUUGGAGCGGCCCUUGGAGACAGAUUCUGACCUCAAAUUCCUGACAUUUAACUCCCCAGAGGGGAAAGCGGUGUUCUGGCACUCCAGCACCCAUGUCCUGGGGGCAGCAGCUGAACAAUUUCUAGGUGCUGUUCUCUGCCGAGGCCCAAGUACAGAAUGUGGCUUCUACCAUGAUUUCUUCCUGGGAAAGGAGCGAACAAUUCGGGGCUCAGAGGUGUCUGUUUUAGAGCGGAUUUGCCAGGAACUUAUAGCUGCCGCUCAACCCUUCCGGAGGCUAGAGGCUUCCCGGGAUCAGCUUCGCCAGCUCUUUAAGGAUAACCCCUUUAAGCUUUACCUGAUUGAGGAGAAAGUGACAGGUCCAACAGCAACAGUAUAUGGUUGUGGCACUUUGGUUGACCUUUGCCAGGGCCCCCACCUUCGGCAUACCGGACAGAUUGGAGGAUUGAAGCUACUAACGAACUCGUCUUCUUUAUGGAGGUCUUCAGGGACCCCAGAGACACUGCAGAGAGUGUCAGGGAUUUCCUUCCCCACAAUAGAACUGCUGAGGGCUUGGGAAGCAUGGAGAGAAGAAGCAGAGUUGCGGGAUCACCGGCGCAUUGGGAAGGAACAGGAGCUCUUCUUCUUCCAUGAACUGAGCCCUGGGAGCUGCUUCUUCCUGCCACGAGGGACAAGGGUGUAUAAUGCACUGGUGGCAUUUAUCAGGGCUGAGUAUGCCCGCCGUGGUUUCUCAGAGGUGAAAACCCCCACACUGUUUUCUACGAAACUUUGGGAACAGUCAGGGCACUGGGAUCAUUAUAGGGAAGACAUGUUUGCCCUGCAGCCCCCAGGGUCUGACAGGCCCACUGCCUCCUCGAGUGAACACCCUACCAGGCAUCCCACAGACAUACUCGCCCUCAAGCCCAUGAACUGCCCUGCACAUUGCCUGAUGUUCGCCCACCGGCCCAGAUCCUGGCGGGAGCUGCCCCUGCGACUGGCUGACUUUGGGGCCCUGCACCGAGCUGAAGCAUCUGGCAAUCUGGGGGGACUGACCCGCCUGCGAUGCUUCCAGCAGGAUGAUGCUCACAUCUUCUGUGCACCAGAUCAGCUGGAAGCAGAAAUCCGAAACUGUCUUGAUUUCCUCCGCUCUGUCUAUGCUGUCCUUGGCUUCUCCUUCCGCCUGGCACUAUCCACCCGGCCAUCCGGCUUCCUGGGGGAUCCUUGCCUUUGGGACCACGCUGAACAGGUCCUUCAGCAGGCCCUGGAGGAAUUUGGAGAACCUUGGGAUCUCAGCUCCGGAGAUGGCGCCUUCUAUGGGCCUAAGAUUGACGUGCACCUUCACGAUGCCUUGGGUCGGCCUCAUCAGUGUGGGACAAUCCAGCUUGACUUCCAGCUGCCCCUGAGAUUUGGCCUCCAGUACAAGGGACAGGCGGGGGCCAUGGAGCGUCCAGUCCUCAUUCACCGAGCGGUGCUCGGUUCUGUGGAGAGGCUGCUGGGAGUGCUGGCAGAAAGCUGUGGGGGAAAAUGGCCACUGUGGCUGUCCCCGUUCCAGGUGGUGGUCAUCCCGGUGGGGACUGAGCAAGAGGACUAUGCCAGGGAGGCACAGCAGAACCUGCGGGCUGCAGGGCUGGUCAGCGACCUAGAUGCCGACUCUGGACUGACUCUUGGCCGGAGAGUCCGCCGGGCCCAGCUUGCCCACUACAAUUUUCAGUUUGUGGUUGGCCAGAAAGAGCAAAGUCGAAGAACAGUGAACAUUCGGACUCGAGACAAUCGCCGACUUGGCGAGCGGGACUUGACCGAGGCUGUGCAGCGGCUGGUGCAGCUACAGAACGCCAGGGUCCCAAAUGCUGAAGAGAUUUUCUGAGGCUUUGUGCAUAGAUGAGGCAAAGACCUGGGAGUGCCGCCAGCCUCCCUUCAUGUGGGAGACCCCAGGCCACUUGACCAUCUGGAGUCCCCCAGAAUCCUGAGAGCUCGUGUGGAGGCAUGCCUCUGCUCUCUUGAAAGAGACUUGGUUUGGGGACCCCACAGAGAGAGGGAAGCUGAAACUGUAUGUAAGGAGGGCGAAACUAAAAAAUAAACUGGGAGCUGCUGUGUCUUCA